AAUCAGUGAGGCAUGUUAAACUUCCUCCAUGAUCCUCUGCCUUAAAUACCAAAUGCCUUUCACUUCUCUGCACCACUCUGUCUUUCACACACAAACCCACACAUACAGAGUGUUCUGUUCUCUCAGCAUGGGCAACUUCGCAGCAAAUGAAGGACUAUCCAUCUUCGUCAUCCUGGUCUGGCUUGGAAUCAAUGCUUUCCUCUUUGUCCAUUACUACAAUGCGUUUCUGACUGACCGUUUCUACUACACCAGAGUCAUCCUUGGGCAUGCUCUGUCCUGGGCGAGGGCUCCAGCUGCGUGUCUCAACUUUAACUGCAUGUUGAUCCUGCUGCCAGUCUGCCGAAACCUGCUCUCCUUCCUCCGGGGCUCCAUACAGUGCUGUAGCCGCACUGCUGCCCGCCAACUAGACCGAAACAUCACUUUCCACAAACUGGUGGCAUACAUGAUUGCCUUCCACACAGCGGUGCACAUCAUCGCUCAUUUGUUUAAUUUUGAGCGCUUCAUGGACGCUCAGCUGGAGGCCAAUACCAGCUCCCUGACACAUGUCCUCUCUGUGAUUGGCAACAAAGAGAACGAGUCCUUCCUUAACCCCAUCAGGAGCAACGGAACAUCCCAGACGAUUGUGAUGUUUACCACGGUGGCAGGACUGACCGGCGUGGUCAUCACCCUCGCACUUAUCCUCAUCAUCACUUCCUCCAUGGAGGUCAUCCGCAGGUCCUAUUUCGAAGUGUUCUGGUUCACUCACCACCUCUUCAUAGUGUUCUUCAUUGGUCUAGUACUGCAUGGGAUUGGACGUAUCGUGCGAGGCCAGACUUUUGCCAAUCUAAAACUUCACAAACCUUUAACAUGUCACAGUCGAUAUGAGGAGUGGGGCAGAAUCACCGAAUGCCCUGAGCCGGAAUUCGCUGGAAACCCACCAAUGACGUGGAAGUGGGUGGUUGGGCCAAUGGUUCUCUAUCUAUGUGAGAGAAUAGUGCGAUUCUACCGCUCACAGCAGAAAGUGGUCAUCACUAAGGUGGUGAUGCAUCCAUCCAAAACGCUGGAGCUGCAGAUGAAGAAGAAAGGCUUUAAGAUGGAGGUGGGCCAGUACAUCUUCAUGCAGUGUCCAUCCAUCUCUCAGUUGGAGUGGCACCCCUUUACCCUGACCUCUGCCCCUGAGGAGGGCCACUUCAGCGUCCACAUCCGCAUUGUUGGUGACUGGACACAGGCUCUCUAUUCAGCAUGUGGAGGGGACAAGACAGAGGGUCAAGAGGCCUGGGAGCUGCCCAGGAUGGCAGUGGAUGGCCCAUUUGGCACAGCCAGUGAGGAUGUCUUUCGCUAUGAGGUAGUCAUGCUGGUGGGCGCUGGCAUUGGCGUCACUCCAUUUGCCUCUAUUCUGAAAUCUGUCUGGUACAAGCAUGUCCAGCAAAACACCAACGUGUUCACCAAGAAGAUCUAUUUCUAUUGGCUGUGCCCGGAGACAGAGGCGUUUGAGUGGUUUGCGGACCUGCUACAGUCUCUGGAGCGCCAGAUGACUGAGAAGAACAUGAGUGACUUUCUCAGUUACAACAUUUACCUUACCCGCUGGAAGGACACCGAGGCUGCCCACUUCAGAGUUCAUCACGAAGCAGAGAAUGACCCCAUCACUGGCUUGAAGCAGAAAACUCUGUAUGGUAAACCCAACUGGGACAGUGAGUUCAACACUAUUGCAACCAGUCACCCAGGAUGUAAAGUGGGAGUGUUUCUUUGUGGGCCACCCCUUCUAGCCAAAGCCCUGGAAAAGCAAUGCCUCACGCAGUCACAGGCUGGAGCUGAAUUUAUAUUCAACAAGGAAAACUUUUGAUCCUCUCUUUCGGACAUGUACGGCACUGCUUGUAGAUACAAAAGCAUGCAAUUUAUAGAUACCCUGUGAUAAAUACCAGUAAAAAUGUAAUUUCAAUUAAUUUGCUAUAAAGCUAAAGGAAGGAGUUGAAAAACCCUGAUUGGCUUAUGAAAUUGUAAAGAUGUUUGUGUAUGCUUACAAUAAUCAAACCAUUUAUAUAAACAAAAUCACUACCCAAAUCAAAGCUGUAUGAUUUGAGUAGGCAAUAAUCCGCUAAAUAAUUGAAUGAACUUUUCUUGCUACUUUUUGCUCCUGUAAUAUUUCCAACUGCCAAGCCACAUCAGCACAAAUACUUUCUUCUUGGCUCAGUUGUGAAAUCGCAAAGUUUUGUUGCAGAAGUGACUACGAAAAAUAGCUGACCAGUUAUUCACCCUAGACGGGCUUUCAAAAACUUCCUCUUUUACAUUCAGUUACCAAAUUAUGGCAGUCAGAAAACAGGCCUGAUAUAAAUCUAAAUAAGAAACAUGAGCUCAAUCGGACAAUUCUCAUUUAGUUUAUUUUUUAGUGCAGUGCUAUUAUGUGUAAGAAGCACAACUGAAUGCCCACCUGGUGAAUUACUCAAAUCUUUUUUAUUCUUAAGCGAUUCAUAAAUAGAUACAGAGGGGAGAAAACACAUAGGGGGAAUCUGUAUUUGUGUUGUUACAGUUGUCUUGUUCCUGCUUUGUUGUUUUGCGCAUUGAAUACUGAAA